AUGGCGAACGUUCUGCAAGAACUGCUAAAUGUUUGCCGAUUUUGUUUGUGCGACAGCAAACGGGAUCUGAAACCUAUUUUGGAUAUAUUGGAUUGUACAUUAACGACCGACGAGGUAGCACGAUAUACUGGUAUACAGGUAAACACCGACGAAGAUUGCUCACUGUCUGCGAUAUGUAUGGAGUGUAUAAGCAAACUGAGGAAAUCAAUAGAAUUUCGACAAACAUGCCUUAACAACCAAAAUUACAUCGAAGAAAUGCUUAUGAUGUUGGUUGCCAGUGCAGUAGGCACGUCCUGCGAAUCUGCUGAGAGCGCAGAAUACAUGGAAAGCGCGGAUGAGGAGAACGAUUUACUGGUGUACCAGAUUCAGGAGGAAGACAGUGACAUUGAAUUCAAUGCCAACUCAAACAGUACUCCGUCACCGGAUGUGUGUAAUAUGGAUAAUGAUAUGUACUGCGCCAACUACAUCGAGCCCGCUACAUCGUACCAUUCUGAUAGUGACGAUAUUUGGGCAAUGCCAACGGAAGAGCCCAAGAAAAAGCCGAGAAAAAAGUACACGUAUAAAAAAGAUGCGCCACCGAAACCCAUUGUUAAGGAACACAAAAGGAAGAGAAAAAUGUAUGAAUUUUCUGCACUUUCCGAAAGCCCGUUGUACUAUGUAAAGACGUACAAAGAUGGGAAACGGUUGUGUAUGAAGACGCUAUGCGACAUUUGCGGAAAACUAGUUACCACCUUUUCGAGCCACAUGGAAACUCAUUUCGCAGAGAUGACGCAUAGUUGCCCGCAUUGUCCGGUCAAGAUGAAAAAGAAAAACAAUAUGUCACAGCACAUCAAAACCGUUCAUUACAAAAUCGUUGGCAAAACGUGCAACAUAUGUGGCAAGGGCUUCGUGCACCACAAAACGUAUCGUUAUCAUAUGCUCUCUCACCAAUCUGAAGCUAACCUGCAUCAAUUUGAAUGCAAGCCAUGCGGCAAAAUAUUUAGCAAACCUUUCGGCCUGAGAGAUCAUCAAAACAGAGUACAUAAUAUUGCCAGGAACUUGAAGCAAACAGCUUAGCCAGAGUGACGAAAUAAAUCUGUUGUUGUUGGAAACUUUUAAAAGGUUUUGGACCUCCUCUUUCGCCUCUGAGAUAAAUCUGUUGUGUUCUGUGCAUCAUUGGCGAAACGUUUUGUGUCUAACAUCCUUUCGAGUACCAUCAAAUUGGUCAUUAAAACU